AAAAAACAGAUCACAAGGAGGGAAUGAAAAGGGGAGUGUGAUACAAGCUUACCGGGGAGAAAAAUAACUUCUUGAAUUAUUAUUUUAUAUUCUUUUAUUUAUUUAUAUUUAAAAAAUUUAAAUUUAAAAAUAACAUCAUCCAUUGAGCCACAGACAACACUCAUAGGUAGUAGUAGUAGUAUUUAACCCUUGUGAGGCGUAAUCCAAACGUUGCUGUUUUGAACAGAGACUCAGAGCAAACACAUUCAUGGCGAUUGAAACGCUGGUGUUAGGCGCUGGUCAAGAAGUUGGGAAGAGCUGCGUGGUGGUAACCAUGAAUGGCAAACGAAUCAUGUUUGAUUGUGGAAUGCAUAUGGGCUUCUUGGACCAUCGUCGUUACCCUGAUUUCACCCUUGUCGACCCCAAUCAAGAUUUCAACUCUGCCAUUACUUGCAUCAUCAUCACCCACUUUCAUUUGGAUCAUGUUGGCGCUUUAGCUUACUUCACAGAAGUUUGUGGGUAUAAUGGACCAAUUUACAUGACGUACCCAACAAAAGCUUUGGCUCCUUUGAUGUUGGAAGACUAUCGCAAAGUGAUGGUUGAUCGGCGGGGUGAGGAAGAGCUAUUCUCAUCUGAUCAAAUUGUUGAGUGCAUGAAGAAGGUUACUGCUGUUGAUUUGAGGCAAACUGUACAAGUAGAUGAAGACUUGCAGAUACGUGCCUAUUACGCAGGACAUGUUAUUGGAGCUGCAAUGUUCUAUGCAAAAGUAGGAGAUGCAGAAAUGGUUUAUACUGGAGACUACAAUAUGACACCAGAUAGACACCUUGGAGCAGCUCAAAUUGAUCGAUUACGACUUGAUCUUCUUAUAACCGAAUCCACAUAUGCGACUACAAUUCGUGAUUCAAGAUAUGCUCGAGAGAGGGAAUUCCUCAAAGCUGUUCAUAAAUGUGUAUCAUGUGGAGGCAAGGUGCUUAUUCCAACAUUUGCUCUUGGAAGAGCUCAGGAACUAUGCAUUUUGUUGGAGGACUACUGGGAACGCAUGAAUUUGCAGGUUCCUAUCUACUUCUCAGCAGGAUUAACAAUCCAAGCUAAUGCGUAUUAUAAAAUGCUUAUUAGUUGGACAAGCCAGAAGAUUAAAGAUACAUACUCUAAACAUAAUGCUUUCGAUUUUAAGAAUGUUCAAAAAUUUGAAAGGUCUAUGAUAAAUGCUCCUGGUCCUUGUGUUCUUUUUGCGACUCCUGGGAUGAUAAGCGGUGGAUUUUCACUUGAAGUUUUUAAGCAGUGGGCAGUGUCAGAAAAUAACCUUGUCACUUUGCCAGGGUAUUGUGUGGCUGGAACGAUAGGUCAUAAAUUAAUGUCAGAUAAGCGGGCCAAAGUUGACCUGGACGCUAAUACAAGAAUAGAUGUGCGAUGCCAGGUUCAUCAAUUAGCUUUUAGUCCUCACACUGAUUCUAAAGGGAUAAUGGAUCUUGUAAAUUUUCUCGCCCCCAAGCAUGUUAUUCUAGUGCAUGGGGAGAAGCAUAAGAUGGCUUCCCUUAAAGAAAAGAUUCAUUCUGAAUUUGGGAUUCAAUGUUAUGAUCCUGCAAACAAUGAAACCAUAUGCAUUUCUUCAACUCAUUAUGUAAAUGCAGAAGCCUCAGACACUUUCAUUCGAAGCUGCUUGAGUCCAAACUUCACAUUUCAGAAAUGUAGUUCUGCGGACGCAUGUAACUCUACUACGAUAGGCAAAAGCUUAAUGCGUAUGGUCCAAGUUGAAGAUGAAAGGGUAUCAGAGGGAGUUUUUGUUGUGGAGAAGGGUAAAAAGCCAAAGAUUGUACACAAGGACGAACUUUUGCUUAUGUUGGAGGAACAGAAGCACGAUACAAUGAACGGGACGUUCUGACAUUGGUGACUCAAUGGAUAGCUUAAGUGAUAGGUGCUCUUAGCCUCAGUUCUUACAUUCAAAACUUCAUUGUGACUUAUCUUGAAAUACUCAAUUUCUUGAAGAGCAUCUGCAAAUAAUAUUUUCUGCGUCCCCCUCGUCUCAGUAGCAGUAAUGUCCCUACAGGAUUAAGGAAAACUCCCAACAUAUAUAAUAACCAAAGCAGUGUAUAUCUGCUGCUUUAGUCAGCAGUGAAUGAGAAAAUUGCAAGGAAACAAAUUUCAGCAAUUUAGAGCAUAAAUACCCACUGAAAAAGAGCACUGAAGGACGCAUGUGAAUGAAUCAACAGAAAUGGUUCGUUCCAUAAAAAGAGAAUCAGUUUAAAAGAACAGCAUGGGUUGGGGUUAUUCUUUCUACCUUUACAAGGAGUUUGAUGUCGAGAUAAAAUUUCUGCUUUACAUGAAGCAAUUGAUGGAAAUUGAUUCCAAUAGAAAUUUGUUUAUGAAAUGCGACACUGUGAUCCUAGCAUGAAGGGAUUUACUGUGAUUACUAAUAUGGAGGAUGAAGACAAUUUGUUCCCAUAUUUUAUUUUUGGUUAUUCUAGGAAACAUUUUUCCCAUGAAUUACUAGUUGGUCAUUCAAUGAUCUGAUUUCCAGAUUGGUCUUGUAUUUUAUUUAUUUCAGAUGUGUAACCAAUUUUUACAAAAGCAACCUAGUUGUAGUUGGCUGCUGUAGAAGUGAAUUAUAACUUACAAGCCUAUAGUAAGUUGAGGUGUCAACCAUUUUUUUCUUUCAUUCAUUACACACUCAAUAGAAUGUUUGGAUGAGAAAUGUUG